AUUUCCUUUUCUUCGCACUUGUAUAUUUCUCUCUCUCUCUCCUGCCCAAGCUGCCCCUUUUAUCUGUUUCAAACUGCCCAAACUGCCCUUUGUUGAACACUUUCCCUCUUUCUCAAGCAGAGAGCCCCCUCCUUUGUCUUUCUCUUUCUCAAAACCUUCCUUUUGACUAAAUUUCAUAAUUUGGGUCUUGGUGAUUGAUUACCACCACCAUAAGAUCUAAUUUUUUUUUGGGGGGGUUAUUUUUUGUGAAUUUGAUUACCUGAAAUCACUUUCUUUGAGGUGUUUUGGGAUGGGUUCUGUGUUUUCCUUUUAUGUUGUGUGAUUAAAAAUGUUGGGGUUGUUGAAAGCAUGUUUCUUUUUUGAGGAAAUAUAGAUCAGUUAUAGAAAGGAUGGGUUUUGGUCAUCAAUCUAGGGAAGUAGUGGAGGAAAAUUCAUCAAGGAAGAAGAAAGAUGGAGGGGAAGAAGAAACAGGAUGUUGGGUUAAAUUAAGGUUUAUGGGAAGUUGCAUGUCUUCAAGAUCAAGAGUUGAUAACUCUGUGAGUGGAAGAACAGGCACUCAUUAUGCGGAAAGUGUACCUACAAAAGAGAGCAGCGGAGAUCAACCAGUUGUUCUAGUGUCUUCUACGACCACAAGCAAUGGUGAAAGUGCUUCAUCCACACCAAAAUUCAGUGAGGAACUGAGAGUUGCUUCACAGCUUCGGAAGUUCACAUUUAUUGACCUUAAAUUAGCGACAAGAAAUUUCAGACCCGAAAGUCUUCUCGGUGAGGGUGGGUUUGGUUGUGUCUUCAAAGGUUGGAUUGAAGAGAACGGAACUGCUCCCGUAAAACCUGGUACUGGGCUUACGGUAGCUGUCAAAACCCUAAACAUUGAUGGACUUCAGGGUCACAAAGAAUGGCUGGCUGAAGUGGAUUAUCUCGGUAACCUCCUCCAUCCUAAUUUGGUUAAAUUGGUUGGUUACUGUAUUGAAGAUGAUCACAGAUUACUGGUAUAUGAGUUUAUGCCACGAGGAAGUUUGGAGAACCACCUCUUCAGAAAAGGGUCCCUGCCACUUCCUUGGUCUAUUAGAAUGAAAAUUGCACUUGGUGCUGCGAAGGGUCUAGCCUUUCUUCAUGAAGAAGCAGAAAGACCUGUGAUAUAUCGUGAUUUUAAAACGUCUAAUAUCUUGUUAGAUGCGGAUUACAAUGCCAAGCUCUCUGAUUUCGGACUGGCGAAAGAUGGUCCAGAAGGAGAUGAAACUCAUGUGUCUACUCGAGUUAUGGGAACAUAUGGCUACGCUGCACCAGAAUAUGUAAUGACUGGACAUUUGACAUCAAAGAGUGACGUGUAUAGCUUUGGAGUAGUUUUACUUGAGAUGUUGACUGGCCGGAGGUCCAUGGACAAAAACCGACCAAAUGGGGAACACAAUCUUGUGGAAUGGGCGAGACCGCAUCUGGGAGACAAGAGAAGGUUCUUCCGGAUUUUAGAUCCUCGUCUUGAAGGGCAUUUUUCUAUCAAAGGUGCAUUGAAAGCAGUCCAGCUGGCUGCCCAAUGUCUUAGCCGAGAUCCCAAAGCCAGACCUCGGAUGAGUGAAGUUGUUGAAACUCUAAAGCCCCUUCCAAACCUUAAUGAUAUGGCCAGCUCCUCCUAUUACUUCCAAACUAUGCAAUCCGAUCGAUCUAGGUCCUCCAACAUAACUGCCAAAAAUGGCAUAAGAGUGCAGGCAGGAUUCGUAACGAGGAACGGACAACCUAUGAGGAGUUUAUCCAGUUUGAAUGGUCCUCAGGCUUCUCCAUUUCACCAACAUCCUCCGUCACCAAAGCCUAAAGCAAAAGAACCAUAGGUUCAAGCUUCUUUAUGUUGAUAUUUAGAAUUUGGUCGUGUCCAUAUCCGCAUCUUUAGACUGCAUAAUCAACUCCAAAUAGAGAGUGCCUCUUCGACAAUGAUUGUUUUAUUAUAUAUCACUGUUGCACUGUAGCAGUAGAACUGAACAAGCCAUAAUGGUGAGUUCAUUGGGCUGAAGGAGGCCAGUCUCAUUUAUUUUGUCAUUCCUUCAUUACUAUCUUGUACCUUUCUCGGGCACAUUCGGGGAUAUUUGUGUUACACCGGGGUAAUGAACUGUAUUCUUGUUGGCAUGCCGAUGAGGGCGAGGAUGAAAGGCACAGUUGGUUGGCCGGUGAAAGAGGAAAGGAGUCCCCCUCACAUUUACCCUCCUUUAUUGUUGUACAAAAUGAUCCCUUUUUAUUUUUGUUCUUUGGUUAUUGUGGUUGUUGUAUGUAUACAAGAGGCCGGAAUCCGGAGGAUUGCAGAUGCCGUGAUUCAAACUCGGUCACUUCUUAGAAUUGAUUGUAUGAACAAAUUGGGUGGAGGCGAGUCCUUUUUACAUGACAAAACUCAUUGGCUGCUGUUGUUGCAA